ACUCCAUUACUUAUUACUCACCCAAGAGCUGUAACUACACACUCCUCUCUCUUAUUUAUACUCUCCUGCUCCUGCUACUACUACUGCACCAUCCACAAGAACACCAAGUUAACCAAAGAAGAAGAAGAAGCAGAAGAAGAAGAAGAGUUUAAUUAAGGUGUUGUAACAGAAGAGAAGAGAAGAGAAGAGAAGAGAAGAGAAGAGAAGAGAAUAUGGUUUUUCUCAUGGUGCUUCUCAAAAUAGCAGCUCACUGGCUCCUCACAUGCUACAGAGCGGGUAGGAAAAUAAGAAGCUACGGCUUUCUCCACAGGAACAACCCAUGCAGGCUACAGCAGAUCUCUUCUCUGUGCUCUCCUGCGUCCAAGUGCUCUUUGGAGGGGAGAGAGUCCCAUACUCUCGUGUGCGACUUCCAUGGGGCCCUGUUGAGAUCCACCUCUCCUUUCCCCUUCUUCAUGUUGGUGGCCUUCGAAGGUGGUGGGCUCUUGAGGGCUCUCCUUUUGCUGCUGUGUUUCCCACUGGUUUGGGCCCUGGGCCAAAAUGGGGAGCUGGGUUUGAGGCUCAUGGCCUUCGUCACCUUCUUCGGGCUGAGGAGGAAGGACAUGGAGCUCGUGGCGAGAGCCGUGUUGCCCAAGUUCUAUUUGGAGAACCUCCACCUCCAUGGGUACGAGGUGUUGAGCUCCGUGAAGAGGAAGGUGGUGGUCACUAGCAUGCCUAGGGUUAUGGUGGAAGGGUUCUUGGAGGAGUACCUUCACGUGGAUCGAGUGGUGGCUCCGGAGCUUCAUGUGGUCAUGAAUGGGAGGUACUUUAGUGGGCUCAUGCAUGGAUCCGGGUUGGCCACGAAGCUGCGAGCUCUAAAAGAGCUUUUCGGAGAAGCAAAAGCAGAUGUGGGUCUCGUGAGCCCCUCUAACCCACAUGACCACCUCUUCCUCUCCCACUCCAAGGAAGGAUACGUAGUGAACAACGACGACGACGCAGUACUGCCGAGGGAGAAGUACCCUAAGCCGUUGAUCUUCCACGACGGACGGCUAGCGUUCCUCCCCACGCCGUUCGCCAUGACGGCGCUACUGGUGUUCCUGCCUCUGGGGCUCACCCUCUCGUUCAUCCGGAUCAUGCUGGGGGUCGUCCCCUACAAAUUCUCGUACAUGAUCGGCGCGGCGACGGGGGUCCGGUUCCGGGUGGCGGGCCAAAGGAAGUCGAUGGUGGGCGCGGCGGCGGCGGGGUCGAAGGGCGCGGCGUUCGUGCUGACGCACCGGACGCUGCUGGACCCGGUGAUGCUGAGCGUGGCGCUGCAGCGGCCGGUGCCGGCGGUGACCUACAGCCUGAGCCGGGUGUCGGAGCUGAUCUCGCCGGUGCGGACGGUGCGGCUGACGCGGGACCGGGCGCGCGAUGCGGAGACGAUGCGCCGGCUGCUGGCGGAGGGCGACCUGGCCGUCUGCCCCGAGGGCACCACCUGCCGCGAGCCCUACCUGCUGCGCUUCAGCCCGCUCUUCGCCGAGCUGGCGGACGCCGUCGAGCCGGCAGCCGUCGACGCCCGCGGCGGCUGGCUCUACGGCACCACCGCCAGCGGCCACAAGUGGCUCGACCCCGUCGUCUUCCUGAUGAACCCCGCGCCCGCCUACCGCAUCGCCUUCCUCGGCCGCCUCCCGACGGAGAUGACCCGCGCCGGCGGCUGGACCGCCGCCGAGGUCGCCAACCGGGUGCAGCGCCAGCUCGCCGACGCCCUCGGCUUCGAGUGCACCGGCCUCACACGCAGGGACAAAUACUUGAUCCUCGCCGGAAACGAAGGUGUCCUCGGAGAUCGCUGCAGCAAGUAGUGUAUUUUCCGUGAAAAACGUACAUAACUUAUCUGAACUACAUAUAUUUAUAUGGACCGUUUUGAGUCAACUAUCCAAUCUUUCGAAAUUUAAACUUUACUAUCCAUUUUUUCAAUCUGUUUGAUUUGAGCCAGUCAACGAUACUUUAUUUUACUGAAACUGUAUGUAGUUACAAAUAUUUUACGAAGUACGCUAAAUAAAUUUGUAAAGAUAAAACGGCAUAUUCAAAUUUUAAAAUUGAAAUAUCAUUGCCUAUCUCAAAUCAAACAAAUUAAAAGGAUCGGAUAGUAAAAUCAUAAUUUUAGAAGGUUAGAUAACUGACGAAAGUUAAUGAUCUAAAGUUCCAGUAAGUAUUGUACGUUUUUUACC